GGAGAUCCUCAAGGUUCAUGCCAAGGGCAAGAACCUGGCACCAGGCGUGGAUCUCACGGCUGUGGCUCGGAUGACCCCCGGCAUGUCCGGCGCAGAUUUGGCGAAUUUGCUGAACGAGGGCGCCAUCGUGGCGGCACGCGAGAACAAGACUGAGAUUGACCAGGACGACAUUGCGAACGCACUGGAGAGGAUCGCCAUUGGUUUGGAGAAAAAGGAUGCCGUGAUGAGUGAGAAGAAGAAGCGGUUGGUGGCCUAUCACGAGGCUGGCCAUGCUAUCUUGGGCGCAUUGAUGAACGACUACGACGUCGUCGCCAAGAUCAGCAUCGUGCCCAGGGGACCUGCGGGUGGUGUGACCAUCUUCACCCCCUCGGAAGAUCGCCUGGAUUCUGGGCUCUACACCAAGGAGUUUCUGGAGAACCGGAUGUGCGUGGCGCUGGGCGGGCGAUUGGCGGAGGAGAUCAUCAACGGCAAGGACAAUGUCACCACAGGGGCCUCCAACGACUUCCAGCAGUGCACGCAGGUGGCCAAGCAGAUGGUGAUGUCGCUGGGCAUGUCCCCAGCGAUCGGCCAGCGGCUGUUGGGCGGCCAACAGGGGGGCGGUCCCUUCAUGGGCCGAGACUUCAUGGGUCAGAGCGCGCCCCCCAUGUCGCAGGCCUUGAAGCAGCAGGUGGAUGAUGAGGUGAAGCGCAUAGUGGAUGAGCAGUACAAGCGUGGGAUGAAGCUUCUCACUGACAACAUGUACCUGCUGGAUGAGCUUGCCAAGACCUUGAUGGAGCAGGAGAAGGUUGGUGGUGAAGAGUUGGUCAGGAUGAUCAACAAGGCUGCGAUUGAAGGCAAGUUGGUCAUGGCGCAGCAGAUGGCCACUGCGGCCUACAUUGGUGAAGCCGCCGAAAACACCGGCACCAGCCGCGCCGCGCUGCCAGCGCAAGUCCACCAGGUCCGGGGCCAAAGGAGACCUGGCUUUUGCGGAAGCCGCGCUUUGCCUAUGCUGCGCAGCCGGGCAGACAGGAGCGCGGUGGCGCGGUACGGCCUUGCCACCGAAGGGGUGGAGGCCGCAAGCGAGUGCACCAGCGAUGAGGUGCUGCGCAAGGUGCAGCAGGUGGCCGACUCGCAGGGUACAGCGCUGCCAGAGCAGGCGAUCCAAGCUGUUGCUGCCUCUUUUCUAGUGGCGUUGGCAUCCACUGCAGCUCCUAUGCCAGCCUCGGCCGAGGUGCCAGCCUCGGCCGAGGCUGCUUUGCCAGACAUAGCCCCAAUGCAGCAGGCGGCCCCAGCACGAGAGAUCGCAGCAUCGCCUGCGGACAGGGUCAGCUACUCGAAUUUGCUGCAGCUGGUGGAUGAGGGUCAGGUGGACCGUGUGGACUUCUAUGACAAGGGCCGCACAGCGGUGGUGAGCGUGGCGGGCAGGCAGCAGCAGCUGGUGGCAGAGCUGCCGCUGGGCACCGGACUCAUCAACAAGCUUUUGGCCAAGCAGAUCCAGAUCGAGGUCCACACUCCGGAGAAGCCCAACCCUCUGCUGGGCGCGCUGGGCGAUGCCGCCCUGCCGCUUCUGCUCAUCGGAGGGUUGCUGUAUAUGCGGUCCAGGGGCCCUGGCACGGGCGGCAUCCCGGGCAUGAACCAGAAAGCGCAGAUCAUGAUGACGCCGGAGACCGGUGUAAAGUUCGAGGAUGUGGCAGGCAUCGAGGAGGCCAAGCAGGAGCUGACCGAGAUCGUGGACUUCCUGCGGGCGCCUGAGCGCUUCGUGAAGGUGGGCGCCAAGAUUCCCCGAGGCGUCCUGCUGAGCGGCCCUCCGGGCACGGGCAAGACCCUCAUGGCCAAGGCGUUGGCGGGGGAGGCCAAGGUGCCCUUCAUCCAGGCCUCUGCCUCCGAGUUCAUCGAGCUCUUUGUCGGGGUGGGCGCUUCACGGGUCCGCGACAUCUUCAAGCAGGCCAAGGAGAAUUCCCCGUGCAUCGUCUUCAUCGACGAGCUCGACGCCAUCGGCCGACAGCGCGGCGCCGGCAUGGGGGGCGGCAAUGACGAGCGCGAGCAGACCUUGAACCAGAUCCUCACUGAGAUGGAUGGCUUUGAAGGCAACAGCGGCGUGAUUGUAGUUGCUGCCACCAAUCGUGCAGACAUCCUGGACCAGGGCCGGGAGCAGAUCCUGAAUGUGCAUGUGAAGAACAAGAAGCUGGCAGAAGAGGUGACGCUUCUGGACAUUGCCAAGCGAACGGCUGGCUUCAGCGGAGCAGAUCUCGAGAAUCUCAUGAACGAGUCGGCCAUCCUGGCGGCGAGGCGCAACAAGACUGGCAUCACCAUGCAGGAGAUCAACGACGCAACUGACCGAGUCAUCGCUGGCCUCGAGGGCCGGGCUAUGCCCGACAGCGCCUCGAAGAAGCUGGUGGCCUAUCACGAGGCAGGCCAUGCUCUGGUGGGCACGAUGCUGCCAUACCAUGACCCGGUGAACAAGGUGACGCUGAUCCCCCGUGGCCAGGCCAAAGGCCUCACCUGGUUCACCCCUGGGGAGGACCAGAGCCUCAUUUCAGCGGCCAUGCUGAAGGCGCGCAUCGCGGGCGCUUUGGGGGGCCGCGCAGCGGAGCAGCUGGUCUUCGGCACCGACCAGGUCACCACUGGGGCCAGCGGAGACCUCCAGCAGGUGGAACGCAUGGCCCGGGCCAUGGUCACACAGUUCGGCAUGUCUCAGGUGGGCUCCAUCGCCAUCGACGAGGGGGGCAUGAUGGGCCCGAGCUACUCCGAGGCAUUGAGCAGCGAGAUCGACGGGGCGGUGAAGGCCAUCUCGGAUGAGUGCUACCUGAGGGCCCUAACUCUGCUCGCCGAGCAUCGGGCCGUCUUGGACAAGAUUGCCCACGAGCUUUGCGAGGUGGAGACCAUGUCCGGAGAGAGGCUGAAGCAGAUCUUGGAGGAGCACACCGCAGUCCCGGAGAAGCUGACGGCGGUCUGAGCGGCGCACUGGAGAGGCCCAAAAGUUGGCCCAAGCAAGUGCCUUUUCCGGAACUUGGAAGUCCGGAAAAGGAGGAGUGACUCUGCUCGAAAGUUGGCAGGCAUUCAUAUACUUCGAACAGGUUCAAAUUUUCAUGAGUUGCAGGCUCUCCAAGUGCAGACUUGAGAUAGCUGCUAUUUGCCAGCCGUCCAAGCAAUCUUCGGCACAUUUGGCAUGGGGGCAUUUGAAUUCAGACCCCAAUGCUGUGCCCCAAUUUUGAAGGGCCGAAUGGCAUGCUUCCAAUGCCACUUCGCGAGUUCACGCCAUGCUUCUGACCUGCCAAGUCAAGUUAGUAGCCGGCCAGGUUGAAUUCGCCUCGCAGGAAAGAGUCGCCUAUUGUACAGCUGGGUCGGCUUGACUUCCCUUUGUGUACUCUCAUAUGC